GUGUCCGUCAAUUAUAUGCCAAUACUGUUGGGGGAAGCAACAAGCUGUUGGUCCUUGAACUGGAGCUACGUGCCUUCUUAGCAAUAAUACAAAACUAGAAAUAUUUCAUUAGUAUUGAAUUCCGAUACAGAGACGCGUGCUAAGCAAAGCUAAAAAGCAAUUAGUUACCAUUCUGGCGGUCUUUCACCCGUUUGGAACACCACAGAAAAUGGAUGAACUGCGGCCUAGCAGCGGGACUGCAAGCCACGGGCUGGCUUCGCUGUUUCCACCGGGUCUGCAAGCUAUUUACGGGGAAAGCAGACGCUUGUACCCCGACCAACCAAACCCCCUGCAAGUGACUGCCAUCGUUAAAUACUGGCUGGGGGGGCCAGACCCCCUGGAUUACAUCAGCAUGUACCGCAACGUGGGCAGUCCAUCGCAGGAGGUGCAGGAGCACUGGCACUACGUCAGCUUCGGCCUGAGCGACCUCUAUGGGGACAGCCGGGUGCAUGAGUUCACAGGCCCAGAUGGCCCCAGCGGCUUUGGCUUCGAGCUCACCUUCAGACUGAAGAGGGAGGCGGGUGAAACGGCGCCGCCCACGUGGCCGGCCGAGCUCAUGCAGGGCCUGGCGCGAUAUGUCUUUCAGUCAGAGAACACCUUCUGCAGCGGGGACCACGUGUCGUGGCACAGUCCACUGGACAACAGCGAGUCGCGCAUACAGCACAUGCUGCUGACGGAGGAUGCUCAGCUGCAGCCCGUCCGCACUCCCUUCGGCCUCGUCACCUUCCUGCAGAUCGUAGGCAUUUGCACAGAGGAGCUGCAGGCGGCCCAGCAGUGGAACGGCCAAGGUGUCCUGGACCUGCUUCGCGGCGUCCGUGUAGCCGGUGGACCGUGGCUUAUCACAGACAUGCGGAGGGGGGAGACAGUAUUUGACAUAGACCCACACCUGCAGGAGCGGGUGGACAAGGGCAUCGACAGCGACGGGUCCAACCUGAGCGGCGUCAGUGCCAAAUGUGCCUGGGACGACGUGAGCCGCCCCCCCGAGGACGAGGACGACAGCCGCAGCAUCUGCAUCGGCUCGCAGCCCCGCCGCCUGUCUGACAAAGACACGGAGCAGAUCCGGGAGGCCCUGCGCAGAGGACUGGAGAUCAAUUCCAAGAGUGUCCUGCCUCCCAUCAGCGGCCAGAGGCAGAGCCAUGACCGGGCCCAACAAUCAGUGGGCCAUUUGCAGAGCCAGCAGACGUCAAGGAGUCGGAAGGACAGCCUGGAGAGCGAGAGAUCAGCAGCCAUUGUCCCCCACGAGCUGGUGCGCACACGGCAGCUGGAGAGCAUUCACCUCAAGUUCAAUCUGGAGUCUGGCACUCUUCUGCCUCUGUGCCUCAGGGGUCGUUUGCUCCAUGGACGUCACUUCACGUACAAAAGCAUCAGUGGGGACACAGCCAUCACCUUCGUCUCCCUGGGCGUGGAAGGGGCCUUCGCCACGGAGGAGCACCCCUACGCAGCUCAUGGGCCCUGGCUGCAGGUGCUGCUGACGGAGGAGUUUGUGGAGCAGAUGCUGGAAGACCUGCAAGACCUCAGUGUGCGAGAAGAGCUCACUCUGCCACGGGAGUUCAGCUGGACUGACAAGAAACUGAAGAUCUCCAUCUUGCCAGACUGUGUGUUCGACAGUCCUUUGCAGUAAGCCAACCUGCCGAUGGGGCAGCUCUCUGUCAAUCUUCUGCUGCCUGAAGGCAGGUUUCCUGGGCCUGGAUGAGCCCCUUGUCCCUGGGUGCCUUGUGGCAGCAUCCCUGUGGUGUGAACACUGAACACACAACAGGUCUCGCAAUCUUUCCUCCGGACCAGUCACUACAGCUGCGGGCCAUAAAAAUGCUAUAUACUUUAGUGCGUGUGUGUCUGUGUGUUUCUCUCUGGGAUUAUGCCAAAAAUGUGUUUGAUUGGUGGGUAGACUUUUUUUAUUAUGCCUGAGGACUGAAUAGGUUUCCUUUAACGUUUCAGUGAAAUAUGACAACCUGAUAUUUCAGUGCCCAAGGAUUGUUAUGUGCUAAAUGUGGAUUGAACAAUCAAACAAGGAAGAUUCCUCUUUAUAAGUUGUAAAUUGUCGAUCGGUUAGUUUUUAAGAACAGUUUGCUUGUAUUUAUGUAAUAUAAACAAGGAGAGCGUCUGCCCAGUCAGAGCCCCUGCAUGUUAUUACACUACCUGAGUGACUCUUAUGUCACAUGUGACCGUCUUGGGGCUGAACCCAAGUCAGUGCCUUUUCCUGUCAUACCAGACAAUACUGUGGCCAAACUCUUUUACCCUGCCCCUGUAAGGUCGCUGGCUGUCCACUUGGAUGUUUCCCGUUUACAGCUGAUGGAUGCCAGGUUGAUAUCCAACCCCUGAUGUCAGUAGGAACAUUUCCCCUUUAUAUCUGCCCUCGUGGACCUUUGCUCUGUCAGAAAUAGGACAGCUUCUGCAAGCCUCCCUUCACAUGCUCUUGCCUUCUUUUAACCGAUAAUGUUUUAGUGCAGGUUUUUAUGCACAGUGACUCGCAGUUGUCUUUGCAUUGUAUGGUGGAAAACUGUCUGCCUGUUUAUCAUUUGAAAGAGCAUUAAAACUAUUUACAUAA